GAAGCGAAAUGCUGAAGCAGCUCCAUGCCUGGGCAUUGUGCAGAGAAAGCAACCACUACACUUCCUGUUAUUGUGUUUCUUCCAACAGCUCUGUACAGAAUGUCCUCGCUCCCGCACUCAGCAGCUCAUUCGAUCCCUCCUCACAGUCUGACCCGACUGGCACGAGAGUGGUUGGCAGAGGACACACCAAACUUUGACCCAGCAGGAGUAUGUGUGGGGUCACAGGAGGUGGAGGCCAGGCUGCUGUGUAAAACACCACAGAGUGUCUUGGCAGGGAGCCCGUUCUUCACAGCUGUGUUCAGUGAGGUCGGCUGCACCGUGGACUGGAUUCACAAGGAGGGAGCUGAGAUUGGUUCAGAUGCCAUUACCUUGACUGCUGUGGUAAGAGGCCCAGCAAGAUGCCUUCUCCUGGGGGAAAGGCCUGCUCUAAACUGCCUGGCCCGGGCCUCGGGGAUUGCUACUCGCUGCUCUCAGCUUCAAGAAAUGGCGACAGAAGUGGGCUGGCAUGGAGAAGUGGCUGGCACGCGCAAGACCACACCGGGCUUCCGUCUGGUGGAAAAGUACGCCAUGCUGGUCGGCGGUGUGUCCAUGCACAGACAGGACCUGAGUGGAAUGGUGAUGCUGAAGGACAACCACGUGUGGGCAUCAGGGAGUAUCACACAGGCUGUGAGAUCUGCCCGGUCAGUGUGUGGCUUCAGCAGUAAGAUUGAGGUGGAGUGUUGCUCUGCCGAGGAGGGCAGAGAGGCGGCUGGAGCAGGAGCAGACAUCGUUAUGUUGGACAACUUCAAACCUCAGGAGCUCCAUGUUGCAGCUCAAGCACUGAAGAGGGAGUUCCCAGAAUUGCAAAUCGAAGCAAGCGGAGGAGUGACGCUAGAGAACUUAACUUUGUAUUUCUCCCCCUAUGUGGACAUUAUUUCCCUUGGCUGUAUAACACAAGGGUGCCCAGUUGUGGACUUUUCUCUAAAAGUUAAAAAGCCUGUUUUUGUCUCAAGCCUCCAAGAAUGAUGAGCAACUUAAAUAUAUUAAGACAGUCCCACACUGAGUGAAUGAGAAAAUGUAGUGAAAUUUUGUUAAAGGUGACAUAUUAUGCUCUUUUUCAUCAAAAUAAGAGGUCCCCAAAACAUGUCUUUAACGUUUAUUGCUCAAAAAAACACUUUG